AUGAGUGACUCAAAACCUCUUAAUACUCCAAUCUCUUCUAGGUCAUCUUUAUCUCUCCAUGAUGGCGACACUCUUCCUAAACCAUUUUUGUACCGCAACAUUAUUGGUGCUCACCAAUACUUGGUUCUUACUCGACUUGAACUAGCAUUUGGUUUCAACCGUGUCUGCAAAUUCAUGCAGUCUCCUACUACCACUCAUUGGUCUACAAUAAAAAGAAUACUCCAUUACCUUCGUCAUAUUUCUCAUCAUGGACUCCUCAUUCGUCCAACAUAUUCUCUUGAUAUAUCUGCAUUUUCUAACUCGGACUGGGAUGGUUGUCCGGACGAUCAUCGCUCCACAACCGACUACUGCAUAUUUCUUGGUGACAAUCUUAUUUCUUGGACUUCAAAGAAACAACAAGUUAUUACUCGUACCGAGUUUGAAUAUCGAGCUCUAGCUCAUGCCACUCCUGAACUCAUUUAG